CGGCCAGAUUCUUCUCUUCAACUUUACAUCCAUUGCUUUCUUGACCUGGUGUCUGGGUUGGCAACCCUACAGUUGUCCAUUCUUUGACCUCUUGCUUUCGUCUCAAGUCGCACCAGCACAAUGGCUCAUGCGGAAGCCACGGCAAAUCGCAAGAUCGUAUCACUGAUCUUGCAUCAUCUUGCGGAUAUAAGCGACAGAUAUCGUCACCAGAGAAGCCUGGAGUACCCCGUGGAGCUUCUGGAAGUUCGACAUUCGUUAUUGCCGGCCACGUUGGUUAAUCGCCUCUGGGCGGACGCAGCAACCUCCAUCAUCUGGAAGCAGAAUCCUAGUCUCUUGGCACUCAGAUGGAUGCAACAUGACCGACGGCAGCUGUACGCAAGCAAAGUUGAGCAGCUGCAACUCUCCGACCCACAAGACGAAAGCGACGAUGACUACGAGUACCUCAAAGAACUCGUAUGGCCAAGAUUGAAGAGCUUGGAGGUAGAUCUUGAUUGGCAAUCAUAUCAACAUCAUCUUCGAGGCCUGUUACACGCAAAAAUGGAAAGUCUGACAGUGACUGGUACGCAAUCUGGAGGCUCAGCAUACGUUACGCAGGUGACACUGCCAGCGUUACUCGGUCCUUGCCGGAAGCUGAAGCGUAUACAAUUUGGACCUGAUACGUUCAGCCCUCAGGAUCCUAUCCACGCCAAUGUCCUUGCAUACCACUUCGAUUCCCUGCCAUGUUUGGAAGAAGUCGACGUCUUGAUGAGCAGCAUCGUCGGCAAAGACUUUCUAUUCGGUCAUCUUAGCAAACGUCCUGGCUUAAAGUCCCUGGCUAUAGAUCUUGACCCUGGGUUGAGGCUACUGCCUCUGUUCUCAGGCCCAAAUGCCCUGCACAAACCAUUUCCUACUCUCGAGCGUCUGCAGAUCGUGUGCGAUCCAGAAAUUGCGCUUGCCCUUCCCAUCCACCUCUUCGCUUUGAGGGAAUUGCGGCUUGCUGUCGAACGUCAACCGAGUGGAGAAAUUCGCCUGUCCGAUCUCAGCAUUUUGGAUGAUGUUGCGACUUCGCUUCUUGCCUGUCCGAAUCUGGAGUUACUGGAGGUCAAUGUCGGCAAUCUCGCUAUGGGCUUCCCUACUGCACAGUUGAACCUGCCAGUGAGCGGUGCAGCUUUAGUCAAGCUGGCUGCUUGCUGUCCGAGACUGCGAAGUAUCGAUCUCGCAGCCCUCGAUCCUUCUUCUAUUGACGGCUCAGGCAUAUCCAGUAUACACUUCGAAGACUUCUGCAAAGGGUUACCAAAUCUUGAGGAACUGAGCUUGAAGUUGCACCCAACUACGGCGACGAUACUGCAAACGACUGCUCUACCGAGUCUAGCACAGCACUGUCCGAAGCUCGAAGUCCUGCGUAUGGGCAUUCCCUUGCAGCUUCCCAACUUGCCCUUGUAUGGUGGAGUAUCCCAACCGGUCACUCCUGGUAGCGACAUCAUCACACCCCCUCAGACCAAACACGAUCAAAGACCAGACUCGCACCAGGCCAUGUCGAGUACCAUCAAGCUAGUCGCAGCCAUCGACACGCCUUCCGCAACUCCUCCCACAGCUUCGAUCCCAUUAUUCCCCAGCCUCAAGAAUAUCUCUUUCGCCCGACCAGAAACUCUUCUUAGCAAAGGAUCCACCAUCACCCUCUCCGCCGAAGAGGACCUGAUCCACGCUUGGGCGCAAUCCUUCUUCACGCACUUCCCUCUUCUCGAACAACUCGAAGCGUGGGGUGAUUCCACUGGGCGCGACAACCGCUCCAUAUCAUACGUUCUCCCAAUGGAAGAUAUUCUGGAAGCAACAUGGGAAUUCUUGAGCGGUGUCGAGCAGUCGCUCUGGCAAGACGGAGAUGAGGAGGAAGAGGCAGAUGUGUUUAGUCCGGCUUCGUUCGGCCAGGAUGCGUACGUGCUUAGUCCGGGUCCUUUCGAAAGGUUGGUGGUGAGCGAUUGGGAGAUGGCGAGUGGGAUGGACGAGUUUCGUGUGCGGUGAGAGCAACCGAGGAGAGCGCAGAUCAAGACUGUCAAAGAAGAGCGCAGCCUGGAGGCAGUCAGUAUGUUCUCGAGGACCAGUGGAAAAACCUCAGACAAGCUUUUUGGCUUCCUGUACUUACGCAAGCUGAAGUCCUACCGCCUCCGCCAGUUAUGCGUCCUCCAGUACCAUCAUUUCACCGCUUCGCGCAGUGUCUGGCUUACUUUGGCGCACACAGCCAGCCGCCGCCAGGCCACGGCUUCUUCCUCAUCGUCCUAGAUAUUGGCUUCAAAGCAUGGUGCGGGCGGCGCACUCGCAGGACGAUCGACUCGGGAUGAGUA